GCUCAAGUGUUGUGUAAAAUGUUGCUCAUAAAUGUAGCUUUGAUUAACAUGUGUCUUGAUGCGUUAAAGUGAUUCUGUAAGAGUUAUAUAAGUAACCACUCCUGCUGCCAGCAAUCACUUGUUAAUCAUGGACAACUUCAGAAUGCUGGUGCUUGUUGCGUUGACUCUUGUCUUGUACCUAAAUACAUCUUUUGCUGAAUUUAUUUUUGCAAGAGCCGUUGAUCACAGUAAAGGCAUACCUUGCCCAGGAAAAACGUAUAAGACGUGUCUGCCGGGUUUCCGGUGUGAAGAGGGGAGCAGUAAAACUGGCUGCGUAAAAAGUCUUAAAAAAAUAUCCUUUGAAGCGCACACAACCGACGCUCAAGGACAUUUCCCAGUUGGAAAGGUUCUUAUUUUCCCAAUAGUCUCCGUAAACGAUGGCCAAGGGUAUAAUUCCAAAACUGGCAUUUUCACAGCACCGGUUGCGGGAAUGUAUCAGUUCACAAUGCACUUCUGCAGUGCACCAAGUCAGAGUAUGGUUGUAGCUCUAAUAAGGGGAAAGGAGGAAAUCGCCGUUACAACCGUAUCUACGUAUCCCUACUCAGGCUGCUUGUCUCACAGCACCAUUGCAAGAGUUGAAAAAAACCAAUCUGUUCACUUGGUAUCACGUUGGAGCGCAAGCCGUCUUUUUUCAGACGAAUAUCGUUGGCCUUCUUUCAGUGGUAUUCUUAUGUAUAAAUAUUGAAGUCUAUAAAAAUGAUAAGAUAAUGUAUAUAACUCUAGCUUCUGCAAUCAAUUCCUUUUUUAAAGAUUAACUCCCGGCCGGUAUCACUCUUAUAGCUUUUUAAAACAUUUUGAAGAACCAUUUGGAGACGAAUUUAACUACUAUUUGCCUGAAAUGCACCUUAUUUGAAAUGCAAACUAUCAUCUUAAAACGUGCAUGUCUUUUACGUAAUGAGUAUAUUUUUGGAACAUUGAUUAAUAAAAUAACCAUCGGGUAAUUUGUAUCAAACAUUGAUAUUUUGGGCAUUCUGCUUUCCAAGUGAUCAAGCUAUAAGCUAUAUUCAAUUCUUUGGUAUUACCCUUCAAUUGAUUUCUUCCUUACAAGUGUAAACGUGACUUCGAUGUUUGAAGAUAUACGUAUUCAAUUUGGCAUAUAUGUAUAUUGAAAGCUGACCUUAUACUAGUUUUAAACUAAGGGAGAUCACCAUGUAUCUAUAUUCCAAUCAACAAUAAUUGAAAUAUUUUCCUUUACAAGACUUGAUAUAAAAACUCAAGCAACAGUCUAUAAAUAAGUCAUUAACAAAUUUCCUUAACAAAAGUUCACAAACUGUAUAGUGUAAUAUAUGAUUUAGAUGCUGUAGGAAUAGACUAGAAUACAAUAGAAUAACUUUCUAAAGAUGUUAACGACAAUAAAACUUGGUUCAUUUUAUAGCAGGCGUCAUGCUUUCAUGUGUAUACAGUCAUAUAUUAUAAUCAGAUA